GCGGCCAUAUUGAAUUUCAUAUUGACAGUUGUUACAGAGAUUUUUGUAGCCAGAACACAAAAGUGUGAACGGUUUUAGUUGGGUAGUAAUAGGAUUCAGGACAUCGGUCGCAAAAUUGUAAUGGUUUCGUUUCAACCAAGACAUGGACGAAGAUGAACGACAGAGGAAAAUAGAAGCCGGACGAGCAAAGAAAUCCACCAACAACCAGCGCAUUCAUUCGUUUGCUAGCCACCGACAAAAAAGGGCGAAAAGCAACGGUCAAGUCGCGCAGAAAACGACGCAGAAGAGGAAGGGCCCGUCUCCAGCGCCGCAUGUCAGCCCAGCGCAAGGUUGCCCACUAGAGGCGCUCCCCCGGGCAGACGGUGACUCCGCGGAGCCGGAGCACAGGAGUAACCAUGAGGAACCACAAAGCGUUGUGGAGACACACCAGAGCCUCAUUUCAGAGGUACUGUGUAGCCCGGAACACUUGGAGCCAUCUCAUGCCCGUGAUGGAAACCAUAUCCUGGGGGGGCAGGCUGUUGGAGAGCCGCCUGAGGGCAUGGAGGUAGUGGGAGAGGAGGAUUUACUGGUUCUCACUGGAAAAGAACCACUCAAGCAGUUACAGGCUGCAGUAGAGAAGCGUAAUGAGAUCAUCAGCAGACUGAGCUGCAACCUGCAGGAGGCGCUGGAGAGCCGAGACCAGGUACAGCAAGAGGCCCUCUCCUUGACUGGUCAGAUAGAGGCCCUACAGUUACAGCUACAGCAGACUUCUCAUUUCUUUCGCACCAGGACUAAGGGGGGCUCUGUACUCUCCCCAGGCCUGCAGCAGGCCUCCCAGCCUGACCCCGGCCCCAAUGACCUCCUCCAUCUCUCCAACCACCUGGAGGUCUCAGUUAGUGAAUCCGGGAACCACAUAGACACACUCAGAACGGGAUAUGAACACAUUGGUGUGGAGUGUGAGAGCCCAGAACAACAUAUUGACUCUGACAUGGAUGAACUUAUCUCCAUAUUGAAGAGAGAGCUGCUGGAGGAGAGGGAGAAAAACCUUCUCUUGCUUUCCCAACUGGAAGAGGAGAAAAAAGGUUGGGAGGAGGAGAGGAGAGAGAUUCUCCAGUACAAAGAAGAGAAGGAGGCCCUGAAUAGGGAUUUGCAAGAUCUGAGGAGGAGACUGGAGGAGGAGGAGAGGGAGCGAAGGAAGGAGAGGGAUGAGGAGAAAGAAAUUAGGGAAAGACAGGAGGAGGAGAAGAGGAGACUUGGAGAGGAGGUUCAGAGAGUCAAACUGCUUUUGGAGGAGAGCGCGAGAACAAGAGAGGAGGAGUUGGGACUUAAGUCUUCCAAAGACAAAGUCAGUCAGGGGAGUGCUUGCGAGGAGGAAGACCUAGGUGACAGCAGGGUUGAGAAGUGCCUUCUAGACAUGUCCAUCACCGAUAAUGGCGACCCGCUGUUAGAGCGCUACCUGUCCUCUGCCCUCCCCUCACACACACAGCCGCCCUGGGCCAGUGAAUGUCUGGAGGAACGCAGCUUUACGGAAGACGGCAGGCUGCUGGACAACUCUGCCAACUACAGGUUUGAGCUGAACAGUGACAUCAGCUGUGGUGACCAAUCCCAGCUGUCGUUCUUGCAGGAAGAACAAACUCAUGUUCCCUCUCCACAGUACGCUGCACCAACCCUCUGGGUGGACCCUGAGAACCAAACUUGCCCCUCUCUCCAGCUCCAGUGGCAGGACAACACCCUCUCUGUCUCAGGAGCGGCCAGCGAGUGUGGCUCAGAGAGACUCAGUGAGUCAUCAGAGAGACAGGCGGAGGAGGUGUCAGACCUGGGCAAGGAGCUGCUCAUCCAGCAGUGUGGAGACCUCAGGGAGGAGCUGGCUCUGAGGGAGAAGGAGAAGGAGGUGCUUGUGGAGGAGGUAAAGAGAAGUGCCGAAGAGCUGGAGGAUGCCCGAGCUAGGUGGUCUCAAGUCUCAGAGGAGCUGCAGGAGGCACACUGGGAGCUUGAGGAGGAGCGGGAAAAGCGAAGAAGAGCGGAGGAGGUGGUCAGUCUGAAGACUCAUGAGGAAGACAACCUAAAGAACAAACUCAGUACCUUACUGGAGGAGAGGGAGAAAGAGAUGGAGAGACUCAUCCCCUCCCCUCUCUUGGAGGAGGGAGGUACCCUCGUCCCAAGCCUAGAUGAAGAGAUAAAGCAGCUGAAAGAGGAGAAAUCUCUCCUCCUCUCUCGUUUAAAAGAGCAGGAAGAGCUGCUCUCCUCUUUCCGGACAGUGAAAAAGAACGACACAGAGAAAGACCUGGAACUCAAGGAGAUUGACGACGAGGAGAAGUGUGUUCUCCUCUCCAGGUUGAGGCAGCAGGAGCAGCUGGUGUCAUCUCUGCAGGAGGUGAAACAGGCAGGAGACUCUGUCUCCUCUGAAGUCCACGCCCUCUUUGGACGGCAGUUACAGUCACUACAGGCGCAUCGUGACCAGCUCCUAAACCUCCUUGAAGACACCAAAGCCAGGCACAAGACCACCACUGCCCUCCUUGGUCAGAAGACGCUGGAAUUAGACACUGCUUUGAAAGAGAUGGGCAGAGUCCAGAAGGAGGUGAAGACCGCGAGACAGGAAGCGGAAGAGAAUGAGAGGAGGAUGGAGAAGAUGGCGAGGGAGAAAAUGGAGGUAGAGUCUGAGCUCCUGUGCCUUAGACAAAACCUGUGUAAUCUGGAAGAGUCACAUGCCCAGGGAGUGAGGGAAAGGGAGGAGGGCAGGAUGAGAGAGGAUGAGAUGGACAAAACAAUGCGAAAGAUGGAGGAUCUUAUAGGGGAGGAGCUGGAGGAGUUCCAGAGACAACUCAUAGCCAAGGAGGAAGAGAUGGAGGAGGAGCGAGAGAAGUGGGAGGUGGAGAGGCAGGAGAAGGAUGAGGAGGUGCAGGGGGUAAGACGUCUCUUGGAAGAGCAGCGGAGGGAAAGGGAGGAGGAAGUGAAGGCUCUCCUGGAACAGCAGGUGCGGGCUGUGGAGGAGGCCAAAGAGAGUAUGAGGAGGUGUCACAGUGAGGAGGUACUGGACCUGCAGGAGAAACACCAGGAGGAGAUGUCAGAGCUCAGCAGACGUCUGGAGAGAGAGCUGUAUGAGCAGAGAACUGCUAUGGAGGAGGAGCAGAAGAAACAAAUCAGCCUCAUCAAACAGGUGAAUGAGAGAGAGUACCAGAGGAUGGUGUCAGAGCUGAUGUCACAGCAGAGGGAGGAGCUUAGCCGUUUGAAGGCAGAGCUAUCGGGGGAACAGACAGAGAGUAUGGAAGCAGCCCACCAAGCAGAACUACUGCAGACACAGAGCCAACAGUCCCUGGAGCUGGAGGCCCUGCGCCUGAGCCUGACCAACCUCCACACGGCCCAGCUGGAGCUCACCCAGGCCAACCUGCAGCGGGAACGGGAGGCCUCUCUAAGCGAGCUACAGGCCUCGCUCAGGGAGAAGUGGGCCCAGGAGAAGGCCGUGCUGCAGGCCCGGCAGCAGUUCGAAGUGGAGAGGCUGACCGUGGAGGGCGAGGAGAGGAGCCGGCGAGAACAGCAGGAGCACCAAAGGAACAUGGAUUCUCUAAGGCAGGAAUGUGAGAGUCGUGCCUCUCAGGAGAGAGCGGUCUUGGAGGAGAGACAUGCUGCAGAAAUUGAGACCCUGAGGUCCCAGUGGCAGCAGGAGUCGGAGGAGAAACAUUUGGAGCUUAAAACCCGGCUAUCAGAGGCCCAGGCAUUGGUAUCUUCUACCCAGGAAGCCCUUACCCAAGCCGGAGCGGAUCUGUCCCAUGCCAGGGCUAGCCUGGAGGAGCUCCAGGUCUCCGGCCAGAAGGAGAUCCAGAGGCUGGAGGAGGAGCUGAGCCAGGCUUGGGCCGACAGGGAUGCUGCCGCCCGUGCUGUGGAGGAUCUGGUGACCAGCCACCGGGUGGUGCUGCAGGAGAGAGAGGAACACAUCAGGCAUCUACAACAAGAGUUGGGUUGUCUACAGGGGGAGCAGGUGACUCUCAGACAGGCUUGUGACCAGGAGGUCUCUCAGCUCUGGGCUCAGCUAGAUAACAUGAGGACCAGUCGCCAGGAACUGGGAGAGUUAAAGGAACAGCUGCUGGCUCGUUCGACGCGAGUUAACGACAUUGAGCGUCUGAAGGCGGAGUUUAACCAGCAAAGGCGGGAGAUCAAGGAGCAGAACGAGGUUGAGCUGGAGAACCUUAGGAGGUACUUUGAGCAGCGUCUGAGAGUUACUGAGGAGAGCUACCGGGAAGAAAUAGCCUUGCUGCAGCUGAGACUGGUGGAGGGAGCCCUGGAGGACUCUGUACUACAGACCCAGGAUGCUAGUUUCUUAUCUGAAGGGAGAGGGGAGGAGGAGAGGAACAAUGUGCUGGCUGAGAUCACAGCCAAACUGGAGAAACAUAAGGAGGAGUUUGACUGUCUGCGUGUCCAGUUGGAGGAGAGACACACUCAGGAGCUGUCUCGCCUCCGCUCGUCCUUGUCCCUGUCCCACAGGGAGGAGCUGCUACAGGUGCGUUCGGACCUGACUGAUCGCUACUACUCAGACCUGCAGGAGCUAAAGACACGACACGCGGUUGAGACGGAGCAGCUGCGGGCCAAGCUGUCAGACAGCCAUGUCAGAGAGCUGACCAGGGUGCGUCUGGAGGCUGCCAGGCAGGUGGAGGUUGAGGUGGAGCAGAGGGUGUGGGGUCUCUCUGAGGAGCUGCAGACCAGGAUGACCGUGAUCCAGAACCUGGAGACACAGCUGGCGGACCUCGCAGACACACACGCUCUGGAGCUACACUCACACACUCUAAAGCUGAAGCAGAGCUUUGCCGAGGAGCUGGCUAAGACACUAGCAGAGGAACUGAAGGAGGAGAGGGAGCGACUGAUGAAGGACAUGACCCUGAUGAGAGAGGAGGAGGUGCAGAGGCUCAGACAAGACCUCCAAGAGCAGGAAGGUGCACACGUUUCUGCCUUGAGAGCGGAGAUGGAGAAAAGGAUGGAGGAUGAGAGGAGAGCGCUGGAGAAAAGGAUGGAGGAUGAGAGGAGAGCGCUGGAGAAAAGGAUGGAGGAUGAGAGGAGAGCGCUGGAGAAAGGAAUGGAGGAGGCAAGAGAGGCUCUCAGGAGUCUACAGGCCUCACUUGACAACGACCAGAACCCCCAUGCCGUGGCCGUGAGACAGAAACUGGAGGCCCAGUACGAGGCUGAGCUGACCAGAGCAAAGUCUUCCAUGGCUGCUGAGGUCAAAGAGGUGACCGCUCUGCUCCAGGAGCAGGGCGACAACAGGCUUCGCCAAGCCCAGGAUAGGUUCCAGGAGGAGAGGGAGGAGUUGGAACAGCGUCUGGCCCAACAGGGGGAGGUUCCUCUGGGGCAACUGAGGGAGGAACACACUGCUUCUAUUGAGCUUCUGAGAACCACUCUUAUGACCAACCACACGCAUGAAAUGGAAACCCUCCAAACAAAUCACAAAGCAGAACUGGACUCCUUGUUGGCCUGUCACAAGGCCGAGCUUGAUGCCAUGGCAAUGGAGCUCGCAAUUAAACACAAGGAGGAGCUUGUAGUUUUAGAAACCAGCCUGGAGUCGAAGCGCAAGGCAGAACUUGAUCGUCUGGAAGCUGUCUUACAGGAAACCAGUCAGGCUCAGCUAGAGGCACAGGAGGCGGAGUUAGAACACCGUCAUAGGGAAGAGAGAGAUGAGCUGGAGGUGAGAAUGCUGGGUAAUAUGGACACGCUGGAGGCCACAUACCUAAGAGAGAUACAGGCUCUGCGUGAUGAGAAGGCUGCGCUGGAGGUGGAGCACAGACAGGAAAUGGAGCGUGAAAGAUCAAGGCUUGAGCAGGAGAGGUUGGAGCAGCAGUCCGUUCGGGAGGAGCUGAAGAGGGAGCUGGCUCAGCUGCACAUGGAGAAGUUCAGUGCCAUGGCAACAGAACUCAGCCAUGUCCAGCAGAAUGAGCUGUCUGUUCAGAAAGAGGCCUUACAAGCUGAACACCACAGGGCCCUUGAAGCCCUGCAGAACAAGGUCUUGGAGUUGGAGCAGCAGCACAGCAAUGCCCUUGCAAAGCUCUCACACACAUAUGACUCCGAAACGCAGCAACUCAACACACAGUACCAGCAACAGCUUCAGGAACUGAAGAGUACAUCUACCAGGGAGCUACAGGCAUGUCGCCGGGAGCUUGAAGAGGAGUCGUCACGGCAACGUCUGCACUUCCUGGAAGAGGUGGAGCUUCUGAAGGCCCAAGCAGAGGAGACUUUUCAGCAGAAGACCAGCCAGUUGAAGGCGGAGUUUGAGCAGCAGAAGGAGGCGGAGCUUAAAGAACAGAGGCAGGCGUUCACUACUGAGCAAGAGCACAAGGAACAAAGCUACGUGGACAAGAUGAGCCAGCUCACCACGCAGCUUCUGCAGCUGGACUCAGUGGUGUCACAGCUGCGAGACGAAGUGGGCAGUCUACAGGGGGAGUUGGAGGGCAAGAGGUCCGAGAUGGAGACCCUGGAUACGCUGCUCCAGCGGCGAGAACGAGAGAGUCAGGAGGGAGGUAACCUGGUUCACAUGCUCACUGAAGACCUUCACGCUGCCCAGGAGGAGAGGCAUUCUCUCCAUUCUGCCAAUGAGAGGCUGAGGAAGAUUCUUGUUGAGGUGGUUUUGAGCACUAUGGCGAUGGAAGAGCUGAUUGGCCGCCGGGUCAAAGCUUCUGUUGGAGUCCGAUGUGAGGGUGAUAGGCCAGGAGAGGAAACAACCAAUCAGGAGACAGGAGUCACUAUAGCAGACUUGUCGUCAGGCGACCUGGAUCUGUCUCAGCGUGUGUGUGAGAGCCUUCUGUUGGCCGAGUCACAGACGCACUCUGGGGUAGAGGACGCCGCCCUGGGAGCCUGCAGCAGACUACGCCACUCCGUGGACACGCUCCUGGAGCUGCUCACACACGCUAAGACACAGUUAGAAGAGUCUUGUUCUGUCCACCUGUCUCUGGAGGAGAAGUUUUCCCAGGGCCGCUCAGACUCCUCCCAGAUGCUGCUGCAACACCAGCUCCUAUUGGACCAACUGGACCAGGAGGCAGGGUUAAAGAGCAAGCUCCAGCUGGAGCUCCACAAGGCUGAGGGGUUGUUGGACGGCUAUGUGGCAGAGAAGGCAGCCCUGGAAGAGUGUCUACAGCAGAAAGAGGCUCAGGAAGAGAGACUCGUCGAGGAGCUAGAGGGCCUCCGCGCGCAGCUGCACCAGAUGGAGGGCCUCCGCGCGCAGCUAGAGAAUCUUAAGGUGCAGCUGCUGGAGCUCAGGGAGGAGAACACUCUCCUCCUCCGGCAGAAGGAACAUCUCACUGCUGGAUUGGGAGAGACCGAAAAGGGCCUCCUGGCUGAGGCAGAGCGUCUGGCCGAGGAGAGGCUGAGUGUGCAGCUGCAGGCAGAUAAGGACCGCAGCUCCCUGUCGCAGCGCCUCAGGGCUCUGGAGACUGAGCUAGAGGAACAGGAGAGCCAGGGCCUCACGGCGGAGCAGCGGCACAGAGCUCUCUCAGAGGACCUCCAGCAGCGCGUCCAGGCCCUCGAGAAACAGCUGAAACACAACAGGCAGUUUAUAGACGAACAGGCAGUGGAGCGGGAGCAUGAAAGAGAUGAGUUUCAGCAGGAGAUCAGACGGCUGGAGGCUCAGCUCAAACAGCCAAGCCGACACCUGACUGGGGACAACCAGGGCCAGAGGAUUGAGGACUUGGUCUUGCAGGUGGAGAGCCUUCAAGCCCUAAUCAGGGACAAGACAGAAGACCAUGCCUCCCUCCUGGCAACCAAUCAGCAGGCCCAGUUCGAAGUUGCAGAGCGCAAUGAGGAGAUUGACAAGCUGGCUGGGCGAAUCAGGGAGUUAGAGCAGGCGUUGCUGUGCAGUUCGGAGAGCAGCAGAGCUGUCACUCAACUGGAGCAGGAACUUGGCAGAGCUCGACAAAGAGAAAAGGAACUCAUACAGGAUAAGGAAUCGUUGCAGCAGCAGCAGCUGUCUAACCGUCUCCAGAUCUCCGCGCUGCAGUCUAAACUGGACGAGACGCGCCACCGCUACCAAGACAACAAUAAUCCCGAUGCCCCCGACCCCGUCCAGCACCUCCGAGACACGCUGGACACGGCACAGGAGCACCUGCGGGACAAGGAGCAACAGGUUUCUUUGUUGGUUGGUCAGUUGGAGGAGACUCAGAGAGACCUGACCAUAAAAGAGGCCGAGCUGAAACACCUGACUCUACAGUUGGAGCUCCUGACCAAUCAACACGCGACCACCGUCACCGAGCUGAAGGACCGAGUUGCUGCACUUCAGGAGACUGUUUCUACCCUCACCUAUCGCCUUGAGGAGAGAGCAAUGGAAGGAGAGAGGGAUGAAGAGAAGAGAGAGGAGAGUCUUCCGUCUGCGUUGUUAGAGGAGAAGAACGCUGAAAUAGACCACCUGACCCAGGAGAUACACAGGCUUGAACAGGAGCUGCAGACAACUAGGGACAGCAGGGAAGCUGAGACGGAAAUUGAAGACCUGCGCUCCCAGGUAGAGCAUCUGCGCAGUGACAUCAUCAGGGUGCGUCAGGACAAGCAGGAAGAGGAGGAGCGGCUUCACGAGGUCAUCAGCACGCUGCAGGCGGAGCUAAACACCCUUGGUCCUGUGUACAAUGAGGUCAGCGACCUAUCACAAGAAGGCGACAGUGUUAACCCUUCACCUGCUCCCAGCCCCGAACCUGCGCACCACCUCGAGUACCCCCAACGAGAGAGAGGAGGAAAGGGUGACAGUCUUAAGCAGGAGAUGCGUCUCCUCCGCUCCUCCUCUUCUCGUUCUCUCCAUUCUCGUGUGGAGGUCCUGCAGGGGCAGCUGGAGAUGGUGAUGGGAGAGAAGGAGGCGAUGGAGAGACUGCUGCUCUCUCAGGAGGAAGAGUACAGAGGACACGAGGAGGAGAUUGGGAGGAGGCUGAGGGAGGAGCGGGAGAGGGCAGAUGAGGUAAAAAGAGGACUUACUCUGAGACAGGCAGAGCUUGAGGAGGUUGUAGCCCAAAAAGAAGAGUUGGAAGCGAGGAACGCUGCUAUGGAAGAGGAGCGGGGGCGCAGCCAGGCUCUUGCCCAGGAGACGAGCUCCCUGCAAAGGGAGAAAGAUCGUCUUGAAGUCCUGGUCCGGGAGCUAACAUCAAGGGAAGAAGAGAGGGAGAAAGACACAGACGCCCUUCGACAGACAGUCGCGGCCCUCGAGACGGCGAAGGAGGAACUUUCUUCAGAGCGUGAGGCCCUGCGGAAAAGGGAGCGACAUCUCCAGGAGGAAAUAGAACGCCUACAGCGGGAAGUGGCGUCUGAGAAGGCCCGGCUCCAUGAACUUAGCAGUCAGCUGGAGGAGAGGGGAGCCAAUCAGGAGGAGGCUCAGAAGGAAGUGCUGACUUGUGCUGAAGAGACUCUGGCCAAGGCUGACGCUGCCCUAAGACAGAGGGAGGAGGAGCUAAGGAAACUAGGGGCGGAACAUCAGGUGCUUAGGGCGGAGUUAGCAGCUGUGAAGGAGGGUCUUUGCUCCAGCACAGAGAGAGCUGAGAAACUACUGGAGGAGGGACAGACCAAAGACCGGGCCCUGGCUGACCUGGAGACCAAUAACCAGCAUUUAAAGGCUGAGCUCAGGGGCCUACAGGAAGACCUGGCCGUACAGGAAGAGGAGCUGGCCUAUCAGCAACAAGAACUACGGCACCUCAGGCAGACCUGCAACCCGCACAUCAGACAUACGCAGUCACUCAAGGAUGUCUCUCCCAGUGGAUUCCAGGACAGUGUGUCUCGCAAUGCUUCCCUGAGUUCCCCCGAGGUUCUCCGUCGACUUGAAUGUUCAGAGGAGAGAACUAGGGACGACAGAUUCAACCCCUCAUUUCUACACGGUUCCAGACUGUCCGACCUCACCGCUUUAAACAACACAGGCCUGGAGCUCCAGGUGAAUGCCUCCCUUAAUGGAAGGCAAGACCAGCCUGGUCUAGGGACCAUCAGCCCAGAGCUGGGCACGAACAGUACCCGCUCCCCUGUCUCUAUCUCGGCCUCGGACAAUCUAUCCAUGCUGGAUUCAAUGGACGCUGACAAGGUUUGUGAACUGGAAGCCCUGGACCUGACUGCCCCUCCCUCUUCUCUUGGCUCCGCCUCCUCUCUGUCUGCUCCGGAGUGGGCCAGUGACGGAUACGGAAGCAAUGUCAGUUCGGAGCUAGGGGUGAGACUCAAGGUAGAGUUGGAGCAGACGGAGAGACUGGACGCUCAGUUCUUAGAGUACCUGCGCUGUCGGGGCAUGAACCCUGCAGCCAACACACACACCGACAGCGCCGCCGGCAGUAUGAACCACAGUGACGAGAUGCUGUCUCCUGAACUACAGGGUCUGUUGCGGAGAGUGUAUCAGGAGAGCUGUAGGGUUCUGGUGCUCUCCCAACGUAAUGGCCCCACCUCUUCUAACUGCCUCUCGUUGGACAAGACAGUCUGUCAGUCAGACUGUAAAGCUCCACCAAUGGGCUGGGAGCAGGAGAAAAGGUUGCUACAGGGAACUGUCAUCUCUUUGAGAGAACUGCUCUGUAGGAUGGCACAGAGACCGGAAAGCUUAGUGGAUGCCGGUUGGAGCCGAUCGCUGCAGGCUGCAGUAACAGGUGUGUUUGACUGUGAGAGGGCAGGGCUUUGCUCUGAGCUGCAGGCCUUCCUCUCCGCCCAUCCAGAGAUGGACUCCACCCACCUACUCAGCCAGCUAGACACUCUGCUGCAGAGACAGGGGGAGCAGCAGCGUGUUGUGUUGGAGAAUCUGGCGUCUGCAGACAGACACGACCUGCAGCCCCAGCAAACCCAGGACGAGUCUUCUAAUGAGGUGUUAUUCAGGCUGAGGGCGGAGCUAGAAGAGAGCCGAGAACGACUAAACUCCUCCCACAGCACCCAGCAAGAACUACACACUGUGAUUAGCAAACUCAGACUGUGUGUAGAGGAGUGUGAAGAGGCUGUAAGGAGGGAGCAGACCAGAGCCCAGCAGCUAGUGCAGGAGGUGGAGCAGGAGAGAACUCAGCGACACCUCUGGGAGGAGCAGCAGAGGACAGAGCUUGUUAUUCUAAGGGGUCAGCUAGACCAGGAGAGGACCACCUCCAGUAACCUCCGACAGGAAAUCCAAAUAGAACUUUCCCGUGGCCGACUCCUCCAAUCACAGCUCGACACACGGCUUACCGAAGCCCAGAAAGACCUUGAGGAGGAGCGAAACCGAUCUGCCCGGGAACUUGAGGUCCUCCAGUCACAGGAGAAGAGUCGGCUAGAGCAACACCUGAAAGAGGCAGAGUCCCGCUUGUCCGAAGCCCACAGGAAGGAACUGGAGGCGGAGCGAGAGUGCUCUGCCCGGCAUCUCGAUGACAUCACACGCAGACAGGAAGCAGACGUGUCCAGAGACAGGGAGUUCAUCUCUGAACUCCGCUCUCAGCUGCAGCAAGAGAGGAAGCAGGGGGAGGAGCUAGCCAUUGUGAAUGACAGGCUGAGGGCAGAACUUCUGCAAAUCCAAAGGAGAGGAGAGGAGGAAGAAAAAAAGAGGAGACAGGAGGCACAAACACAGCAUGAGGCUACAUCGCGCCUCCGAGUUACCUUGGAGACACUCCAGGAGCAGAAGCAAGAGGCUAGCCGUGUUUUAGAGAAAGAAAGGGAGCGCUCUGGACGCCUAAGAUCUGAGCUUAACCAGCUGAAGGAGACACUCCGAGUGGUCAAGGAGAAGGAGAGGGUGAGGGAAGAGCAGAGGGAGAGAGAGCGGAGGAAGGAUAGUCAAGAGCUGACGGAGCGAGAGAGGAGACACGAGAGGGUCAGCAACCAGCUGUGUGAGUUGGAGUUACUGAGGCAGCAGGACCAGCAGCGAUUGAGAGACCUCCAACACACUCUGGCUGAGUUGGAGAGAGAGGAGAGAGAGAUGGCCAAACAGAGAUUGUCCAACCAUCUCCAGCCCCGGAACAGCACCUCCACUGGGCUGGAACAGACCAGCACAGCCUCAUACAACCGCCAGACGACCUCUUCCUCAGCGCUGGUGGAGAGAUUGUUGAGGGAGAACUCGGACCUGGCGAACCGCGUGACCGAGCUGAGUCAGGAGAGAGUUAACCUGAAACACAACCUGUCCAGUCUGGAGCGACAGCUACGACACAUGGAGACUGAGAACAGGCCCAGUGCAGACCUCCACAACAGCAAGUUCCAGCGGCUUUAUGAGCGCUACCUGCGGGCUGAGAGCUUCAGGAAGUCUCUGGUCUACCAGAAGCGUUACCUCCUGCUGCUGCUGGGGGGCUUCCAGGACUGUGAACAGGCAACCCUCUGUCUCAUCGCCCGGAUGGGGGCGCAGCCCUCGCCCCCGCAUGCCCACACGCGCACCCCCCUCGCGCGCUUCAGAGCUGCCGUGCGAGCCAUCGUCGCCAUCUCUCGACUGAAGUUCCUGACCAGGAAGUGGCAGAGGGUCGUCAGGAGAGGAGUGACCACAACUGUCACCGUCAAUGGACAUGGCACAGGCCCUUCUUCCAGGACUGAGGUUUUGAGGCAGCAGCCACUGGCCAAUCACAACUCCUCUCCGCCCACCAGAGACAGCAGCCCCUCACUCAAGGGCGUGGUCUCACCCCAAGUUCAACGAAUAAAAUCUCCCUUCAGGCUACACAACAGCGUGUAUUCCAACACAGUCCUGUCGUCUGAGCGUGCUCCGUCCAGUGUGCCAUCCCAGGAUGCCGAGCGGUCUCUGACAGACUACAUCCAUCACCUGGAGAACGUGCAGCAACGGCUAGGAGCUGCACAGACAGGUUCUUCAUCUCUGCUUUCCUACCCCAAGGAGUCUGACCGCUGAAAGGAAUGAAGAAAUCAAUGAAGGUCUACUUUCAAGCCAACAUAUGUCAUUUUAACCCAGCCUCGUAUAAAUAUACAAGUUAACUUGUAUAAUCUGAUUGAGACUUAUUUUUUAAGACAUAAAUUAUUUUUUUACAACAGUUUUUUUACUCAGAUUUUUGUACUGUCAGCCUCAGAGUUGAUCUUUUCACCCAAAUGUGUUUUGUUUUUUUUUUUUUUUUAAUUAGUAGCUCGCUAUUUUUCUACAGGGGUUUUAUACAAAUUUCCUUUCUCUGAUUAUGUAUAUAUGUUUGCAGUUGUCAAUAUUUGUUAGUUUCACGUGUAUAAAUGUUGAUAUUUUGCACUGGAAUCCGGAGCUAUAGAUACAAUUGUCACUGUGUUACACGCACAAUGUUUACCAUGUGUUGUCAGUUUUUUUUUUUAAUACUGUAUCAAAAUUUCUACAAAAUAAAUAUUAUAAUUGUGUGAU